AUGUCUGCCGGACCUGUUCGUGCCCCACUUGUUAUCCCCCUGAGAAGUCCAGAUUUAGGCUUGUACAAAUCACAUUUGGAUACAAAUACAUAUCUAGAUCUUACUUGUGAUACGCCGGAUGUAGCUAUUUAUUUUACAAUUAAUGGGAAUAGACCAACGGUUGCAAAAAGUAGGAAGGAACUCCAAAAUAGUGGGACGUAUAAAUUUCAGAAGCCUUUUACUUUACCGCCUGGAUGUCAUACUAUACGAGCAGUUGCUGUUUCUCUGGAUAAUGGUAAUGAAAGCAGUGUAGUUACAAAGACAUUCGAUGUGGUCAAAGUCAAGAAUUUUCAUGUUAAUGACAAAAAUGACUUUGGAGAUGAUUAUGGUUUUCUCAAUGAACUAAAGUUAAUCGAUUCCAAACGUCGAAGACAACUGUCGGGAGCAGAUCGCCCUGACGCUCAUGAGUCUAUUCAUCGCUUAUCGGAGAAAGAUAAUGAAACUGUCCGAAAAUGUUCUUCAGAAAAAAAAUGCCCUCACGUAAUCAAGAAGUCUACCAAAGAUCAAGAAAAUCAUGUUAAUUUGAAAAGUGAGUCUGUAUUAUCAACAGACAAUCAGAAUAAUAAUAGAUCGAUAAAAUCAUCAUUGAUUCAUGAAUACCCUGAGCUUUCAUCUCAUAUGAUUAAUAAGCUACAGCAGACAACAGAUAUUUUACGAUGCCCCAAUUGUCAACAUCCAAGACCAGUGAGUAGAAAACAAAACUUUUGCUUCCAUUGUGGUGUAAAUCUACCCAUACUAUCAACACCAAAAUAUGGUUCUUCUGCUUUAGAGAAUAUUGGUGUAUGUCCUUAUUGUAAAGCCCAUGUACCAUUAAAUUUAACUAGUUGUUUAGUUUGUGAAAGUCCACUACAGAUGCAGAAGUACGGACAACGUCGUAAAGAAUCUCGUUUGUGUACAACAUGUAAAACAAUGAACCCUACUGACGCAAAAAGUUGUAUAAUAUGUGAAGCUAGAUUAGCAACAGGGGCAACUAAUGUCAUUAUUUCGGGUUUCCAGUCGACAUAUGAUUCUCGCCCUCCCAUCCCCUAUCCAGAAAUGUGUAAAAAUGUACGUUUUUCUACUUGUGUUUAUUGUCAUCGUGAAAAUAAUCUUGAUGCUCGAUAUUGUGACUGGUGUGGUUCAGAAGUACCAAAACACUAUCAACAAUCACUGAAUAGUGGUGAACUGAAAUCUUCUGAUAAUACUAAUGGUAACAGACAGUUAUUUAACUCAAAUUCUUCAGAUUCGAUUCGAGAUAUAUCAUCUGCUGGUUUUCAUAACUCUCCAAAAGAUAAUCAAAAUAAAAUCACUCUACGAGAUGGUUUUAUUCAUUGUAUAAAGUGCGAUUUACCGAAUCCAAAAGAAGCAAAUUAUUGUUCUUAUUGUGGAUUAAACUUGAUGCCUCCUCCACGUUGUACUGGGUGGUUUCCAAUAGUUAAUGGAUCAAGUCGCCAUGAAUUUGAGAUUGACGGAAAUCAAUCUGAAAAGUCGGUUUCACAGCACAAGUACUUACAACCUGUAGUCGCAAACGUUUCUACUCAAACUUAUGGGAUAUUUUAUCCAAGUUCAACAGAAUUACGACGUCAAGAUCAGUUAGCUCAACAUCGUUUGUCAGCUGAUGUUCAACUGAGAGACAGAAUACCUACACUUACUGCAAUAAGUCCUGGAAGAGGUUUUUGGCGAAAACAAUUAGACCAUAUAUUUGCACAUUUAAAGUUAUAUACAAAUAAUAAUUCAGAAUUUCGCGCUUCUAUUGCUCAACCUAGAUUUGGCAAACUUUUGUCUGCUGAUCUAUAUGCACUGGCAUCCAAUCAGGCAAAAAUUACUUUAAUCUAUUCGCUCCCGAAUGACAAAAACAAUACAUCUAUAACAUUGAAUAGGACAGGUUCAAGUAAAAUUCCAUUGGAUUUAGACUACUGUGAUAAUCAUAAUAAUGACGUGAUUCCUCACUUCAAUAAAUACUCGAAUCAAAUUAAACCAAACUCUGGUGAUUUCAAUAAUGAUAAACAUGAAAUUGAUUUAGAUCAGAAAUCAGUUGACAGUAAAUCAAAUAAUAAAGAGUCUAUCAAUUUGUUUACGACAAGGAAUGAUCAUUGUGAAUCGUUCCGACCGAUCCCAAAUCCACGAAGUGUAUAUAAUAACAAUAAUAACCGAUCGCCUUCUAGAUCUCCACGUAAAGAGGAUGACCAUCAAAAUCAAAACAAAACUAGGUCAAUUGAAUGGGAAGAUGGUGAUGGUGAUGAGGUUGAUGCGGAAUGUAGACAAAACACACAACUUCCUACAAAAUCAAUAAGUUCCAUAAAAACAAAAUCAAAUGAUAAAUCACUGAGUAUACAAUCUAAUCCUAACGUACAAUAUGGUGAAGUUGGUGUCGCUUUACUACGAAAUUCCAAAUUAUCAACUUCAGAUCUUAAUUUGUUCUACACGUUAAGUCAACCGAGAUUAGAUAUUCAUGAAGUUAAACGUCUUCUUAAUGAAGGUGCAAAUCCGAAUUGUAUUAAUGCUGCUAAAGAAACGCCAUUAAUUUGCGCUGUACGUCAUGGUUUCGUUGAAGCGAUAUCUGUACUAAAAGAAAAUGGUGCAGAGAUUAAUGCUACCGGAACAUCAUAUGCAUAUGCUGUUUCACAAUGCUACUACUGUUGAAAACACUAUUCAUUACAAUAUACGCCUUUAAAUUAAUUAUAAAUAUUUUCAUUUUGACAUUAUUUAUUAUGUUGUGUGUCUGUAUUUUCACGUUGUUUGUCUAUCUAACAUUCAAAUUAUUAUUGGCUAUAUUUCUAUAUUAUUAUCAUUAAUCGAUAAAGCGAGUCUGCUGCUAUUCAUAUAUAAAUAUUCCCUUAAAAUUAUCUAAAUUGUUUUUCUAUAUAUGAAAUUUCAUUAUCCUAGUGGUUAUUUAAAAAAAAAACAGAAUAAACUGCAUUUAGAAAUGGUAUAGAUUUAAAUUAUUAAGUGUAUAUUACUCAUUAAACAUUCUUUUUAAGGAACAGAUUACUAGAAUUUAUAUCUAUACAAAUAAUUUGUUCUCACUUGGAUCUCCCCUUGUUAUUUUAAUGUCAGGGAUAGUGUAAACAUUCAGUUAUUCUUUUAAUAUUGCAUUAUCCUUUCUGUCUCUAUUUCAUUUUUUUUUCAAAUUAUUACUAUUUAUUUGACUUUUUAUGUAACAAUUAGUGUUCUACUAAAUGAUUUAUUUAUAAGAUUCUGUCUUCAUUAUGAUAUAAGUAAAUCUUAUUAUUGACAGUAGAAUAUUUAUCAGAAGGGGUUUUGUGGAGAUUUAGUAUUUUUAUAGUUGAAAACAUGAGUAGAAUAUUCGACCGAUUUAUCUAAUCCAUAAAUUUCAUUCUGUAAAGUAACUGAAUGGAGUAAGAGCGAUAUUUCACUUGAAACAAAUAUCAGUGAAAUUGAUUAGUUUGUUUAGAUUAUCUCAUGAUAAAUCUAAAACACUAUUCUAGGACGCUCAUUGUUAGUAUGUACUUUUUAUACAUGCCAUAUAAUGAUUUCCAAUGCAAAUAACAACAAAGACAAAUAUUAAAGAAACGGUAACAUUGUUUUGUGUUCGGAGAAACACACUAGACCUAGUUGGUACCAAUACUGAUACUUUACUAUAAGAAAAUGGUAACACGUAAAGUUAUGUAAUAAGAACACAUCAAUAGACAGUUAACAAUUGUUUACUUUCUUUCUUUUGCCUUCCAUAGUUGUCUUGAGAGAAAAAAUAUUGUUUUCCUGAAAAUCGUACUUUAUUCUAAAACGGAAAUCAUACCCUCUGUUUGUUCUUAUAACUUUUUUUUAUUACAUACAUCUCUUACCGUAGAUCAGGAAAUAAUAAUCACUGCGUUGCAGAUGACUGCUAGUUGUUAGAAAUAUUUGCCGCUUAAAGCGUUCCAAUUUAAGCGCAAUAUGUUUGAUAUUGUUGAUCAUUGCUUCUAGAGCAUGAUCAUUUGUACUUGUGCCUUUAACAGUCAUCUGCUAGGGUAAAUUCUAUCAUGAAUUGCAUUUAAAACUCUUUAUGACGCUAAGAUAAGUACGGUUAGUACUGAAUAAUAUCUGCAAUCAAAACAAGUGUGAGUCAGUUCAGCUACUCUUGUAGAGCUAGUUAUAUAAGCCACCCAAUCAGUUCAUCAUCAUAUCACAGAAUACUAUCCUGCCUGAUUGAGAAAAGGGAAGUUAAAGCCAAUUAGGAAUUAUAUUCUUGGCUGAUAUAGGCAAUCAACUUGACUUGAAUAGAACUUUCCAAGUCAUCUUCCGAAAUCUUAGUUUUAAUCUUUGUUCUUACGUAACUACUACUAAGUUGAAUCGUAAUUAGAAUAGCUUGCUAAUUGUAUCACUGGACGUCAAAUAAUCCAUCAACCGUUGAUCUACAUAUCUUCAAUUUUCCCAAAUAAUUUUUGGUUAUUAUACUUACCCUAGCUUCCUUCUUUCAAUCACUUAUUAAAUCAUUCGACCUUAUUUUUAUAAUCACUUUCGAAACUGUAAUAUUAUUAUACUUACUUACACCUGUUACCCAUCGUGGAGGAGCUUAGGCCACCCACCAGCAUUCUCCAUCCAAUCCUGUCCUGGGCGAUCCUUUCCAGUUAACAUUCAUCCUUUUCAUAUCUGAAUCUAUUUUCCGGCGUAAUGUGUUCUUUGGCCUUCCUCCUU